AUGGGGACCAAGCCGGGGUUGUCCAUAUUCAGAGCCUCACGUGCUUCCAAACUGCUGUGGAUGACCCUGGCCCUCCAAAUCACCCUGCCAAAUAAGAUGUCACUAAGGUCCCUCAAAUGGAGCCUUCUCCUGUUGUCACUCCUUUUCCUCGUGAUGUGGUACCUCACUCCCCACUACAAUGUGAUCGAACGUGUAAACUUCAUGUACUUCUACAAGUAUGAGCCAAUUUACAGAUGAGACUUUCCAUUCACACUACGAGAACAUUCCAACUGCUCUCAUGAAAACCCCUGUCUUGUCAUCCUCAUCACCUCACACAGACAGGCCAUCAGAGGCACUUGGGGUGAAAAAAAGUCCUGGUGGGGACAUGGACUUCUUACAUUUUUUUAUGAGGCCAACAGGCUGGAGGAAACACUAACAUUGGCCUUAGAGGAUGAACACCGUCUUUAUGGCGACAUAAUACGCCAAGAUUUUUUAGACCCCUAUAACAACCUGACCUUGAAAACAAUCAUGGCCUUCAAUGCCACGUAUGUCAUGAAGACAGAUACUGAUGUUUUCAUCAAUACUGACAAUUUAGUGAAGUAUCUUUUACAUUCAAACCAUUCAGAGAAGUUCUUCGCCGGCUAUCCUCUAAUAGAUAAUUAUUCCUACAGAGGAUUUUACCCCAAAACCCAUAUUUCAUGACAGGAGUAUCCUUUCAAGGCGUACCCUCCCUACUGUAGUGGGCUGGGGUACGGCAUGUCCCGAGACUUACUGCCGUGGAUCUAUGACACAAUGGGUCACGUGAAGCCCGUGAAGUUUGAAGACGUCUAUGUUGGGAUCUGUUUGAAUUUGUUAAAGGUGGACAUUCAUGUUCCAGAAGACAACAACCUUUUCUUUUUACGUAGGAGCCAUUUGGACGUCUGUCAGCUCAGACGUGUGAUUGCAGCGCAUGGCUUUUCUUCCAAGGAAAUGAUCACAUUUUGGCAAGUUAUGUUCAGGAACACCACAUGCCACUAUAGAUCUCACAUUUUACCAGACGCCUAG